ACCAUAGAAAAAUAAAAUAAAAUAAAUUGGAUCAUACACUUAAUUAUAGAUUGUGCUGCUUCGAUGUUUGUACAUACAUACCAUUACAUCAGAUUGUACCUUUCUUUCUCAACUCUGGCUAAGAUCAAAUGUAAUUUAUUUAUUUAUUAUUAAUCUAAAAAAACAAAAUUAGAAAUUAACAAUAAUUUAAAUCUUUGCUCUCAUCUCUGUCUUCCACUCUCUUGUCUUUUCUUAUUUUCUCUGUUCUUUUCUUCUUUUUUGUUUAUUAAGAAACCCUAUUCGGCUAUAUUUGUUUAUGUUAGAUUAUAUAUACAAAAAAAUUCUUUUGUAGUAGUAGUGUUUGUUUCCCGAGAAAAUGGCGCAGCUUUGGUCCAAUCACAACACCAUAUUUACUGGAAAGCCAUCACCAUUAGUCACCUUCAUUUCCAUCAUUCUCCUUUGCAUUCUGGGGUUUUACACACUGCAUUACGUUCACUCUCCAUCAUCACCACUCUCGAGUUCCCAAAAUGCCCUCCGCUUUCACCACACUUUCCUCUCAACCGCCUCAAACGACACCGUCGCUGCUUACCUACGCCACCUUACCAUGCACCCUCACGUUGCCGGAACACAACCCUCCAUUGAAACAGCCAACUACGUCCUCAACCACUUCAAGGGGUUAGGCUUCGACUCCCAUUCCGUCCCUUACGAAGCCCUUCUCUCUUAUCCAACUCACUCCUCGCUCUCCUUGCAUUUUAGCAACGGUACCCGCGCCGACCUCCCUCUUUCCGAGCGGAGUGGGACGCGAAAGAUCGGACUCGACGGCGUUGUUCGGCCGUACCACGCUUACUCGCCGUCCGGUUCGGUGUCGCGAGCUAAGGCGGUGUUUGUGAAUUUUGGCAGGGAUGAGGACUAUCGUGCGCUGGGACGGACAGGGGUGAAUGUUAGCGGGUGCGUAGUUUUGGCGAGGAGAGGGAAUCUCCCGAGAUUCGCGGUGAUUGAGAAAGCGGCGGCGCACGGUGCGGCGGCCGUUCUAUUGUACACAGAAGGUGGCGGUGGGGACCGGUUUAGGAAAGGGUUCGAGAGAGGCACGGUGAUGAGUGGCGUUGGGGACCCACUGAGCCCCGGGUGGGCCGGAGUCAAUGGCGGCGAGAGUUUGAGAGUAGACGACGUCGAUAUUUCUAGAAGGUUCCCGAAGAUUCCAUCUAUGCCUCUGUCUUCUGAGGCCGCGGAAACCAUAUUGGGUUCGCUGGGAGGAGCUCCGGUUCCGGCUCAAUGGAAGUCGGUGCCAUCGAAGGUCAGACGUGUUGGACCUGGUCCGACAAUGGUGGACUUCAAUUACCAGGGAGAGAAAAAGGUGGCAACAAUUCAUGAUGUGUUUGCUGUGAUAAAAGGAUUAGAAGAGCCUGACCGGUAUGUGUUGCUUGGUAACCAUAGAGAUGCAUGGACAUAUGGAGCUGUUGAUCCGAACAGCGGGACUGCAGCCUUGCUCGACAUUGCUCGUCGAUUCGCUCGCAUGAGGGAUUUGGGAUGGACCCCACGAAGAACGAUUGUCCUCUGCAGUUGGGAUGCAGAAGAGUUUGGGAUGAUUGGAUCUACUGAGUGGGUUGAACAAAAUCUUGGAAAUCUGGGGUCCAAUGCUGUUGCAUACCUUAAUGUAGAUUGUGCUGUUCAAGGACCUGGGUUCCAUGCUGGGGCUACUCCUCAACUAGAUAAUCUCCUCCUUGAAGUCUUGAAGAAGGUCAAGGAUCCUGAUUUCGAUGGUUCCACCUUAUAUCAAAACUGGGCAGACAGAGAUAAUCAGAAUGUUAUUACCAGACUUGGAAGAGUAGAUUCGGACUUUGCUGCAUUUGUUCACCAUGCUGGAAUUCCAUCUAUAGACUUAUACUACGGAAGAGAUUUUCCUGUAUAUCACACAGCCUUUGAUUCUUAUGAGUGGAUGACAAAUUAUGGAGACCCUUUGUUCCAGCGCCAUGUAGCUGUUGCUGGAGUUUGGGGUCUUCUAGCCCUUCGCCUUGCUGAUGAUUCAAUUCUACCAUUCAACUAUCGAUCUUAUGCAGAGCAGCUGAAGGGGCACACAGAGGUUUUAAGCAAAUUUUUAGACAGUAAUAUUGGAUAUUUGUCUCCUCUAACUACAUCAAUCCAAGAAUUUGCUGCCGAAGCCAAAGAAAUUGACAUUAAAGUGCAGAUCCUGAGAGAGCAAGAGAGUAGUACUAGUGAACUAGUCACCCUGCAGAAGCGGGCAUUAAAUGAUCGGCUGAUGCUCGCUGAAAGAGCCUUCCUCAACACAGAUGGCCUUGAUGGGAAGAAAUGGUUCAAGCAUCUUAUAUAUGGUCCUAGUGACCCAGAAACCGAAUUAGACUUCUUUCCGGGUAUAGCAGAUGCAAAUUUUAGAUCGACUGGAAUGAAUUUGAGGCAAAGGCAGUCACUGAUUCAGCAUGAGAUAUGGAGGGUGGCUAGAGCCAUUCAAAGGGCUACCAGUGCCCUCAGAGGAGAGCUUUCUUGAUGCAUUGUACACUAACAAAAUUUUAGACCUGUUCUUGUGAGUUAGAUAUUGGGAGAGCGAGAGCUUACAUUACCUGAUUUUGUACAUAUGAGUGGUAUAUCUCUCCUUUUUGUGUGUAGUUUUCCAUACUUUUUUGUGUGUAAAUAAUUGUUAUCAUGUCUGAGAUCAGUUUUGUUUUAACUUUAACAUUAUUUUUAUGGACAAAGUAUACAUGAAAAAAACACUUGAAAUGAAAUCAAUGAAGUGCAGUCGUGCCAUGACAAAA